AUGUCACAAACUCGUCCCGGGGUGUUCUCCAGCUUACGAAUGGGGGAAGUAGUCCGCGAAAAGGUGCAGGAUGGGUUGACGGGGGAAACUAGAGAUAUGCAGUAUACCCAGUGCAAAAUCGUGGGAAAUGGCUCCUUCGGCGUUGUUUUCCAAACCAAAAUCUCCCCCUCUGGAGAAGAUGCUGCUAUCAAGAGAGUGCUCCAGGAUAAACGGUUCAAGAAUCGUGAGUUGCAGAUUAUGCGCAUCGUACGCCAUCCAAACAUCGUCGAGCUGAAGGCUUUCUACUACUCCAAUGGAGAUCGAAAGGACGAGGUCUACCUAAACCUGGUUCUUGAAUACGUCCCUGAAACCGUAUAUCGUGCCUCCCGAUAUUUCAGCAAGAUGAAGACUACGAUGCCCAUGUUGGAGGUCAAACUUUACACCUACCAACUGUUCCGCUCCCUUGCAUACAUCCAUUCCCAGGGUAUCUGCCAUCGUGACAUCAAACCCCAAAAUCUCCUGCUGGAUCCUAACACGGGAAUUCUGAAACUCUGCGAUUUUGGUAGCGCCAAGAUCUUGGUCGAGAACGAGCCAAACGUGUCAUACAUAUGCUCUCGCUAUUAUCGCUCGCCGGAACUCAUCUUUGGUGCCACCAACUACACCACCAAGAUUGACGUGUGGUCAACCGGCUGUGUCAUGGCGGAACUGAUGCUGGGUCAACCCCUCUUCCCCGGCGAAUCGGGCAUUGACCAAUUAGUAGAGAUCAUCAAAGUGCUUGGGACCCCGACCCGUGAUCAGAUUCGGACCAUGAACCCAAACUACAUGGAACACAAGUUCCCGCAGAUUAAGCCACAUCCGUUCAACAAGGUCUUCCGCAAAGCUUCCCAUGACGCGAUUGAUCUCAUCACAGCCCUCCUCGAGUAUACCCCCACCCAACGCCUUUCUGCCAUUGAAGCCAUGUGCCAUCCUUUCUUUGAUGAGCUUCGGGAUCCCAAUACGCGUCUGCCGGAUUCUCGUCACCCAAAUUCCCCUCCCAGACCACUUCCCAACCUCUUUGAUUUCUCACGCCAUGAACUCUCUAUCAAUCCAACCCUGAACCAUAGGUUGAUUCCCCCGCACGCCCGUGCCGACCUGCUCUCCCGUGGCCUCGACAUUGACAACUUCACGCCGCUUACGAAAGAUGAAAUGAUGGCUCACCUUGAUUGA